UAGUGAAAACCAGUUCAGAGGUUUCCUGUUAUAGCUUCAGUACAGCAUCUUUCACUUUCACUUUACAAUCUUACACAGAACUUGAAUCCUGUCCGGCUUCUCUGCUGAUUUCUGUAACUUUUUGGGUGAACAGCUAGGCCUCCGUGACCUAUUCCAGUCUCUGAAGCUUCACCGACCAUGGAUUGGGAAGCAGAAGACCCACCCACGUCUAGUAUUUCACGUGCCGAAUGUAAUCUUUCUCAGGUCAUCUUCAUCAACAUGCAGCAGUUCUACAAACCGAACACUGAUAUACAGUGCACAUUCUGCAGAGGGAAAAACUUUGCCAGCAAAUCUAAAGACUGGAUUGGAAUCUUUAAAGUUGGAUGGAAAACGACUAGAGAAUUUUGCAGCUGGAUCUUGGCACGGACCAGCGUGGACGACACUGUUCUCUUCAAAGCAUUCUUUCUGCCCAAGGGUGAUGAGACUACUACCAGGUUCUGCUAUGUGGACGACAAGGGAGAAGCAAGAGGAACCAGCAUUCCUUUUCAGUUCAGUUACAAUAUCCCAGAAGACGAUGAUAUCGUGAUGGUAACAUCUGAGAUGGAGAUGAGGACAGAUAAAGAGAAGGUUGAUCUACAGAAAAUAGCGAAGAACCUGACAAAGGAGAAUACACAACUGCAAGAAAAAGUAUCCUCUCUGCAAAAUGAAAACCCAGGCCCAGGCUGAGAGGAUCCAGACCCUCCAGGAUGAGCUACUGAGAUCUACAACAAAGAUGCAGAGGCUGGAAACAGAAAAUAUGGCUAAAUGUUACGAUAAAAAUAAAACGAUGGGGGCUUUACAUAUGACGAUUGCUAAUUUGGAGGGUGAAGUGAAAAGACUGAAAGACAAGUGCAAGGCUGAAAGUGACAAUAAAAUUAAAACGAUGGGGGCGUUACAUAUUAUGAUUGCUAAUUUGGAGAGUAAAGUGAAAAGACUGAAAGACGAGUGCAAGAGCAAGAUGGAAGCAGAAAGAACAGUGAGAGAACUGAAAACACAACUCCAAUCUGCUGAAGAGAAGAACCAUGGCUUGGAAAGGCAACUGGCUCAGCAGCAGAGCAAGAUGGAAGCAGAAAGAACAAUAGUGAGACAACUGGAAACACACCUCCAAUCUGCUGAAGAGAUGAUGCAAGACUUGGAAAAGCAACUGGCUCAGCAGAAGGACGAAUGUAGACAAAAGGGUGAAGACGUGUUAACAUUAAGAAGUUCUCUAGAACUCAUCGAAGAAGACUUGAAGGAUGUACAUAAGUAUGGAUCAUCCACAAGCUCUACAAGCAGACAGCCAUCGCGUCCUUUAAAAUGUGUUUUAUGUUCUGAAACGUUUUUGCCUCUUCAGCGUCAGAUAUUUGAAGAUCAUGUGAUGUGUCAUCUUGAGGGGGGUGAAGCCAGGCCAUGAUCGUGCUCUCAUCUGUAGAUUUUGUUGUUAUUCGUAAGAGUAGAAGAAAUACAGGAAUAUAUUAAAUGAUAUUUUCACGACAUGAGAUCUACCCAUCUGUUUGUCCUCAUAUGCAUGUUCACAUUUAAACUGAUUUUUUUGCUAGUUAAAACUAGAUAGUGACACAUCUCCUAUUUUCUCAUUGUAUUUUUUUAAUUCAAUUUCUGAAUGGGGGCGGCCAUCUUGCCUGAGCUGUUGUAAAUAGGAUUUAGAGAUAUGCUUUACAGCAGCCACCAUGGGCCAUAGACACAAUAUCCUAGUGACUCAUUGACUUCUAUGGGAGAGUGUUCUAGGAAUGCUCUGUGAUCCAUAAAAAAAUAAAUGCAGUCAGCUCACCACUUUUGCCAGUCCUCAGUGCACAGAUCCUUAGGAGAAGUGCAACGCACGACAACAGCCAGGGGUCCCUCAAAGAAAAUGUUUUUCGUGACGCCAGUUGCAGUGAAGCAACAAGGGCACAGGGCCCUUUUUAAAUGAUAUAGUAGAUGGCACCCAGAUGUAGGAAUGCCAGAGUGGUGUAGGGUAGCCUAUAAUGUCCCUUAAUGUGUUGUGCACGUGUCACGGUGCUCCUCCCUGGAUACGCUGGAUCCCCAGUGUUGUCGUCCGAAGCAGAGCAAAUAGGGUGAAUAAUUGAGGGAUUUGAAGAGAUAAAUUGAGUCCAGACCUUGUGAUGAAAUUCAAUAACAGCUUUACUUGAAUAAACAUUUCUCCAACAGUUUCA